AAAGGGCUGGCAUUGUGCACGUUGUUGUGUGUGUGGGAAGGAAUUCUGGGCGCCACACUGCCCAGCGUCUCAACCACAACCAGUUUAGUCCACGUGGGGUACACACUUCCAGUGCGCCUUAGCAACAAGUCAUGCAUUUACCCUAUGAUCGAAUAGUUUCUAAAGACAUGACCGACUAUCUUUUGUCGGGGGAACGUGCUUUGAGUGAAGUGCUUAGCGAACAUCCUGGUGAAUUAGUUAGGACAGGAAGCCCAAAUCUCGUAUGUUCAGUGUUGCCAUCUCACUGGAGAUCUAACAAAACUCUACCUGUGGUCUUUAAGGUUGUAGCCUUAGGAGAAGUGACUGAUGGUACCCUUGUUACGAUCAGGGCAGGAAACGACGAAAACUUUUGCGGAGAAUUAAAAAAUGCCUCCGCUGUUAUGAAAAAUCAAGUAGCCAAGUUUAACGAUCUGAGAUUUGUAGGAAGAAGCGGAAGAGGUAAAAGUUUCACGUUGACUAUAACAGUCAGCACCAGCCCACCUCAAGUGGCAACAUACUGCAAAGCUAUUAAAGUAACAGUUGAUGGUCCUAGAGUACCACGUAACAAGACUCGGCAACAACGUCUUCGAACUUUUUCCAGCGCUUUCGGACAACGUUCUCCAUUCUUAGAUAUUCCCGAUCCUCUUCGCGAUUGGGAUCAACGAUGUAGAAAACCCUCCGAACAGUGGUCUUUAGAAAUUCCAAGAUGUUUACCGGGACCUAAUCAAGAUCUCUCGCAAAAUUCGGAAUCUCGUUGGAACUCCUAUACUAACAGUUACUUGCCGACAACAGCGAGUAGCGAAUUAAAUCCUUCCGUGACGUACGCGUUAAAAACUAGUUUAACCGAAACAACGUCGUUUUCCUAUACACCAGCUUUUAUGGAAACGAGCCCGUCCUACUUUACUGAGUUUGCCACCUCGUCAAGUACGUCUUUAGACAGCUUGAACGUGUCACAAGCGGCGAAACCGUCCACAAAUUACGGACAGACUGAUUGUUUUACAAACUAUACACCAAAUUCUCAAUACGUCUCGUCUACUCCUCCAUCGUAUAAUCUCUUCCCGUCUCAUAAUUACCAUACUUCAUCAAGUUAUACAACUUUAACAUCGCCGGUUACGUCAUCAUCCCUCAUAUAUCCUCAAUUAUAUAACCAUUCUUCUGUACAUCUCUUGGGGACACCCGAAACUGGUGUGACGUCCUCGCAGACUAUAUCUAGCCCCAAUUUAUAUAAUUACGGUAUUAAUCCGGCGCAAGAUAAUCCGUCCGAUAAUUCAGUAUGGAGGCCAUAUUAAUAAUAUAAUUAAAUACUCAUUUUUUUAAAUAAUCGAUUGUAUCACCUUUACAUAUCAUAAUUAUGAAACGUUGAAUGUGUUCUUUUAUUUUUUAAUGAAUGUUAUAUUCGAGU